AGUCUAUGAGGUUAUUUUCUUACCCAGUUAUUUCUAAAUGCCCGGACUUGUAGAACCCAUAGCGGAUAGGCUUUGAUAGAUAGAAGCCUGCACAGCUAGAGACAGAAGAGCCGAAUCCAUGCACUAACAACGAGGAAAAUGAUCAUCUGCACGAAAAAAAUGGAUUAUCGCCUCGGAACACAGUGCCAGCGCGUCCAAAACCAGGUGAACUCUGAGAAGGAGCGUGCCUCAGCGCUGUGCAUGAAGGCGCUGGUCAGUAGGGGGCGCCUGGACUCGGUGUCCGAGCACAUGGCCUUCCACCCACAAUACUUGGAGAGCUUCCUCCACACGCAGCACUAUAUUCUAUACAUGGACGGCCCUCUGCCCCUGCCGUACCGCCACUACAUAGCCAUCAUGGCGGCAGCGCGGCACCACUGCAGUUACCUGGUGUCCCUGCACACGGCCCAGUUCCUGCGGGCGGGCGGCGAGCGUCUGUGGCUGCAGGGUCUGGAGGCUGCCCCCGCACGCCUGCGCCACCUGGACCACAUCAACAGGGUGCUGGCCCACCAGCCCUGGCUCACCUCGCGCUCACACAUCCAGGCCUUGCUAAAGAGUGGUGAGCAGUGCUGGUCUCUGGCAGAGCUGGUGCAGGCCGUGGUGCUGCUGGCUCACUGCCACUCCCUCUGUAGCUUCGUCUUCGGCUGCGGCACAGACACCGAGCCCGUCCCCACUCCCAGAAUCCACCACGGCACGCCGCCCGGCUAUUUCCUGAGCGACGCCGCCAACGGCAACACCACCGUGCCCCUGACACCCAGCGUGCCUUCAGAGCGGAUACCGCGGCGACGGUCUUUGGACUCCAGCUGUGAUGUAGCUUUUCUCCGAGAGAGAAUCCAGAAAUCCCAGGAGGAGAAAGAGCGGAGAGGAGAUCGGCUGCUGUGCUCGCAAACACUCCUGAACACAGACGUGGACGACGAAGAGGAGAUGGAGUGCUCCGCAGACCCCUCUCGUUUCGUCACCGACCCGGACUUCGGGUACCAGGAGUUUGCCCGGAAAGACGAGGAGCACUUACAAGUGCUGCGGGUGCAGGACUACUCGUGGGAAGAUCACGGCUUCUCGCUGGUCAAUCGCCUCUACUCGGACAUCGGCCACCUGCUGGAUGAUCGCUUCCGGAGUGUGGCAGCACUCCCCUCCCCACACGGUCCAGACCUCCAAAGAGCCAUUUGGAAUUACAUCCACUGUAUCUAUGGCAUAAGAUAUGAUGACUAUGACUAUGGAGAAGUGAAUCAGCUUCUGGAGAAAGGGCUGAAGCUUUACAUCAAAGCAGUCGCGUGUUAUCCGGACGCUACAAAGACGCCUCUCUGCACUCUGCCCUGGGUCCCACGCAAGCCUGCUGAAAAGGUGCAUGUGAACUUGUUGGUGAUGGAGGCGAGGCUGCAGGCAGAGCUGCUGUACGCACUCCGAGCCAUAACGCAGUACAUGAUCGACUAGGGGCCGCCCCCCUGGCUGGCGGAGUGAGGGCUGGAGAGCAGGAGAGUGGGCCGGAGGGAGCGGUGCGCGCGCACGCCGAUGGUACGGAUCCAGCCCAGGGCUGGAGGACUGACACGAGGAUGGCUGGAUGGCAGAGAGAGAGAUGGGGCAGAUUCAUUUGCUUUUCUUUCAUCAUUCAAAGUUUACCAGUGUGCCGAGGUACUGCUGUGAAGGUGCUUUGCCAAAGGUGAAAAAAAAAAAAAAACUCCCAUAAGGUGCAAAGCAAUCUCAGUUUGUGUUCAACGUUACGUUUCACUGACUUUGCCCUUAACGAUUAAUGUGCAAUUAAUAAUAUUAUGAGUUCUUUUUCAUUAUUAUUGUCUUGUGAAUGACUGAGGCUAGUGUGUUUAGGAGAGACGAAGGACAAGGAGACUUCAUGCCAACAUCACAUUCUCUCUCUGUCAUUCUGGUCAGAAGAUCAUAAUCUCAUGCAGAACUCAAGUUUAGGUCAUUCACUAUUGUAUUGAAUGUGAAUCAUUUAGUUGGGAGGUGUCACAGUUAUCUUUUGUUCUGUGUGUGUGUGUGUGUGUGUGUGUGUGUGUGUGUGUGUGUUGUUUGUCAGGGUAUUUGUUGUUGUUGUUGUUUUUUUUAAGCUAACAGAACAGGGGGGGGUAUUCCAAGUACGUGACAAACCUGGGUAAGUUAACUCCGAGUAAGUGGUAAACCUCUUACAACAAGAGCCCGGUGGCAUUGUUUUGCUAGGAGAAUGAAGCCAUACAUCUCUUCUGUUAGGAGGUUUACCCCUUACUCUGAGUUAACUUACCCAGGUUAGUCACUAAACCACGCACUUGGAAUCCCCCCCCCCCCCAGCAGAGUUUCUUUGUGCUCCGCAUGUGUUCAACAUGCUCUGCGGAAUAAUUCAUGUGAAGGGCAAAGUACGGGGAGAAGAAAGCACAAAACUCUCCGGAACACGGCAGCCAUAAUCACACCAUCUUAGUUUAUUUUAAGUAGCACUUUUUCUGAUCUGUAGAAUAACUCCUGGAGGUUGGCUGGUGGAGAUGGGGAUGUGGGAGCUGGCCCGUACUUCAGGCCUUUGUGCAGACACAGGGUGGUCCAUUGCCUUUUGGUCUAGAGGUUGCCCCUUGGCCAUUUCAAAACAGAUCACUCCCAUGAGCAUCAUACACCCCUAAAGCACUUUGAUCCUAUGAGCUUCAUGAACACAGGAAACCUUAGGACAGUAAGACGUAUAAACAUCUCCUUUCCUUUUAGUACAUUUCCAUAUCUGCCCUGAUUUUGUUUUGUUGUUAUGAGAAUAUUUGGGGAGAAUGUGUCAGUCCAGUCUAAACCAUAAGCCAUCGCAGUAUUGGGCAAUAAGUCAUACACUUUCCCUUUAUUGAUCCGUUUCCCAAGCAAGAACACUUGCUGAGUAUAGGUAUUCUUGUGGUUUAGCACUAUUUCAAUUGGUUCUCGUCUGAUCCUUCUAGAACAGUUUUCCUUUUUCUUAUACCACAAGUCACCCAUGUGUUGGAAAUCAGAUGGCCAAAUGAAUGAAAGAGUUUACAUAUCUGCUUGGUCCCACCCUCCACCUCUUAGCCAUGCCACCAGUCUACUGCAGUUGUUUAACAUUAAGCAUUGGCAUCGUCGUCCUGAUAGAAUUAGCAACAGCUGAAAUAAUAUAUUUCAUAAAUUGAUUUGCCAUUUUGGAGGUUGGUGCUAUAGAGUCAAUCGCUGCACCAACCAAACUGGUUUGUCACCCUUUUAUCAACCUUUCUGAAAUAUCCCUCAGAUGUCUUUUGUGUGCUUUGAGUGUGUUUCUCUGUCUCUCUCUCUCUGGUGUCAAAUGUCACUGAUGGGUUGAUGGGUCACUGAUAGAGGUCAUGGUAUAAGUGGGUCUGUUCAUUUUGUGAUGGUAGACUUGAAAUGAGAGCAGGUAACAAUGAUAUUUAAUGAAGGUACAAGUUUCAAGAACAGAUCAACAUUGUUACCACAUUGUAGGAAAAUGUUUUUUAAUGUACUUUUUAACUUUUUUAUGUUGCAUUCGUUUGUUUCUAUGAUUGUUCAGCUAUUGUGUGUGUGUGUGUGUGUGUGUGUGUGUAUGUAUGUGUAUGUAUAUAUGAUAUUGGGUGUGUGUGUGUGUUCUGUUAUAUUUUGUUUUAUGAAACGGGGGGUUUGGGGGAGGGGUGUUAUUCGCUGCUAAAUUCUGGUUCCUGUGCGCUAAACUGAGUAUCUCAGACAGCACAGUGGAAAGACCCCUGCAUGCGUGUGGGUGUGUGGGCAUCACUGUUUGGUGUGACCACGGGUGGAGAAGCUGCACAGAUACCAAUACAUGCAUAUCACCACGAACGGGGUGGUCGUCUGACAACAUAUGAACUGUGAACAUGCAAAAUCAAGUCUGUCAGAAGUGUGCCACCCCUGACAAUGUGCAGUGCGGUGCCUUUUUGCAUAGGGUUGAUACGCUUAACUUGGUUGGGUGUGUGUGCGUGAGUGUGUGUGUAAAGAGACUGCAAUAUCUAUGGAUUGCUCCACAGGCUGUUAACGCCGUGCAUGUGUUUGCUCUCUUGCGGUGUGGGAGUGAAGAGGAGACCAAUCAGAAUGGGCUCUGGACGAGCACGUACACCCCCUCCCCUGAACUUAAAAAGCUGCUACUGUGGAGUCAUGGUGACUGACAGUCUGCCACCACACUUGUGUGCCCCAACAAGGAUGAAACGUUGCCCAGGAACAGGGCUGUGCUGAUUGGCUAGUCAACAUUCAGUAGCCAAUCGUGGCGCCUCUUAUUUUUCCUUUUGUUUGCGGCCCCUCCCAUCUGCCCAAAGAACUUGCAGGACAGUGCCUCUGACACUGGGAUUUGAAGAAGCAUGGCUAUAGCCCAGUUGUUCAAUUAUUAUUUACCACGUAAAUAAAUGGACAGUGAAAAUAAACAAAAAAAUCUCAAAUGUAAGUUCAAAAAUGAAAAAAAAAAAAACUUUUUCUUCGGAAAUGUGAAAACUUAUUUUUUCUAUAAAGAUAUGUGAUAUCA